AUGGAGGAAAUUCAGAUACCUGAGUAUUUCAUAUGUCCCAUAUCUCUUCAGAUCAUGAAAGACCCAGUAACGGUGUUGACCGGCAUCACCUACGACCGAAAAAGCAUCGAGCAGUGGUUUUCAACAACACACAACAUGUCGUGCCCGGUCACAAAGCAGGCCUUGCCGAGAGACAACGCCUUGACGCCUAAUCACACGCUCCGCAGGCUGAUCCAGCAAUGGUGCAAAGAAAAUGCAACCAACGGUGUAGGUUUGAUCCCAACUCCGAAACUUACCCUGAACAAGAUCUGUGUCUCUGGACUUGUCCAGGAUCUUGGGGUUUCUCAUUUGCAGGCCAACGCGUUGAAAAAAUUGGAAGCCCUUUCAUUAGAGAAUGCUCAAGGGAACAGGAGGUCCAUGGGUGAAGCAGGUGUUGCCAAAGCUAUGGUUUUGUUCAUUGUAAGAUGUUACAAGGAAGAUGCUCAAAGAAAUGGUGUUCUAGAAGCUUUGAGAAUUUUGCACCAUGUAUGGAGUGUGGCUGAUGAUCAUGAAGUUAAGCUUAUUGUCAAUCGAAGCAAUGACUUUCUUGAAUCUUUGACAUGGGUUUUAGGGUGUGAUCCUGAGAUGGAUAACCAUGCGAUCCUCAUGAAAAGCGAAGCGAUACUAGUAAUGAAAAUGGCAAUGGAAGUCAUAACUGCAAGUCAGCUCGAGCGGUUGAAUCUUGAAUUUUUCAGGAAUAUUGUAAUGGUGUCUAAAGAGAAGAUCUCCGAAGAAGCUCUCAAAUCUGCACUGCAUGUUCUAAUAGAAGCAUGCCUGUUGGGGAGAAAUCGAAUGAAGAUGGUUGAAUCCGGUGCAAUGUUCGAGCUCAUUGAGCUCGAACUUGCAAGACCCGAAAGGAGCAUCACCGAGCUGAUCUUCAAUCUCUUGGCCAAUUUGUGUGGCUGCGCUGAUGGGAGAGCACAGCUUCUAAAGCACGCUGGUGGUAUUGCUUUAGUGUCUAAAAGAAUUCUUAGGGUUUCACCAGCAACAGAUGAUCGAGCGGUCCAUAUACUUUCAUUGAUCGCGAUGUUCUCAGCGACACAUGAAGUUCUUCUGGAGAUGCUAUUAGUUGGAGCAGUGUCAAACCUUUGCAUGGUAAUGCAAGCAGACUGUACAGCCCAUUUGAAGAAGAAGGUUAGAGGGAUCUUAAGGCUGCAUUCUAAUGUAUGGAACAAUUCACCUUGUAUUGCUGUAUAUCUUGUAACAAUGCCAAGGUAA